AAUACAAAUCACGGGAAGAAGUGACAAUGAGUAUAUGGAGUAAAAAUUGCAUGAAGAAAUCAAUGAGGUGAGAAUGCUGACUGAGAAAGGUUAUGUAUAGAUCACCAUUUCACCUGUUUGGUACAGUUUUCUCCAGUCUAUUGUGUGUUAGCCAAGCCCCGUGCGUAUAGAUUUACGAUGUACAACCACGCAGGGUCCUGAAGUUACUUCCUGGUUGAUAACCUGAACGUGGAAGACUGACAUGCUCGCACUACAAAUUAAAAUGGACUUGUGGAGUUUGAUCGCCAGUUUGUUCUCCAUUCUGCAUACAGUUCAUACAGACGGCCUAAAUAUUGAGGACUGAUAUGCUCUCACUGCGACCAUGAACUACUGGAGUACUAUUACCUGUGUCUUCCACAUGCUUCAGGUGGCUCAUGCAGGCAUAACACAUACCAGUAAAGCGUGCUAUGGGUCCGGUCGCCUUCCCUGUGUUCGACAUGACAUUAGCUGCAACAACACCCAGAAGAUCGACAUACAAGAUGCCUACUACACUAACAACACAGAGUGUACAAUAAACGGUCUCUCAGAAUGCAAUGUGAACCCGGACAAUGUGACAGAAUCCGGAAAGCACAGUUUUUUUAGCACCGCUGAGAUGUCUUCGCUCGUUAAAGCCUGCUCUACAAGUUGUGUGUAUAUUGCACCCCGACGAAAUGAAAAUCUAGCUUUCUCUGUUGUGAGAUAUGAAUGCAAUGAAGCGUCACCACAUAUUAGUACUUCAACCCAAACAGUGGACAGAGGCGGGCAAACACCAGCAGUUGUUGGUGGAGUUGUGACCACAAUCCUGAUUCUAAUUGUUAUCGCACUAACCUUGGUGUGGUAUUUACGAAAACGGAGACGCAAAACUAAUCGAAGUAAGAAGACAAUAACUCCUUCCAAGGAUGUAAAGACUGAUUUCACAGAUAACUUGGCCGGUAAUAGUCCACAGAGCAACUACCAUGAGAUAGACGAACUGAAGACAAACAGCAGAUCAAAUGAUUAUGAUUAUGCUACUGCGGACGCUUUUGAUAUUGCGCCUGAUCAGAAGAACUAUCUCACAAUCGAAUCAGUCACUAAACCAAACACAAACCAGAAUUCUGCACCUUCUGCCACGGAAGACGAUUAUGAUCAUAUCGGAGACAAACCAUCUGCCCUGACCAGCAACUAUGAUACCACAGCCUCGGUUGCCCAAUCAGCAGGCACUGCAGCACAAUCACGAGAAGACAACUACGGCUAUAAUCUUCUCCAGAAGGAAACAAACACCAAGACAGUCCAGAAUGACUACGACACUACCGCUUCUACGGCAAAGGCAGUAGCACGGCUCCACGGGAGUAACAAGACUGAUGAAAAUGACUAUGACCAUUUCCCUGGAUCAAACAGCAAAUCUGAAACGCUGAGUUCAUCUCAUGGAGGAAAAGUUAGAGAUCGUUCUGAUGAUUAUGCAUUUGCUGGACCAAUGUCGUGAUCAAAUUAGCAUAACAGUUAUACUUGAGACAUAUUGUGUGAGAAGUACAUUCAUUACAAUCAUGUCUUUACAUUUCUUUUCUAUGUACCAUGGAGAAACACAUUUUCUGGUCGGAUGGUCAUGUAAGUGUAUGUAUGCCUGCAUACAGGUGAUUUCAUGUCGCCUUACUUCCUUGUAGGCGACCUCAGCAUUGUGGAUUAAAUGUCAACGCAAUCACUAGCUAUAGGUGUUAAUACAGGUAAAGAUGAUUGUGUUUAUCUGAAAACCAUGUAUGGCUGUGGUAGUAGACGACAAAGGGAUAUUAAAUAUACAUUGCCUUCACUAACAAAGUUUUGAAAAGGGUGAUAAAGCCGAUGUAUAGCCGAUUUAUAGGGCACGAGCAUAGUAGUCGAAUGCGCCACUCUUCUCCCUGCAUGGGUGAGUCACUCAACCGGGUGAUCGAGAAUUCGCUCAUCGUAGUUUGGAAUCCCGGAUUCUCCCGAUUAUGAUCGUUGCUCUCACAUUAUUAUACAUACGUGCUGGUUUGGUUUCUCAGAGGACAUGCUUCUUUCAUGCUCUUCAUUCUC